AUGUUCCAUCCGAUUGCAAUUAUAAACUGGAAAAGUUUAUUGAAUGAAUUAAAAGGAUGCACUACUGUCAAUACAACAACGGCAACCACCGCAACAACUAAUAUUUCUCUUACUGAAUUCACUAAAAAUCAUCAUAAUAAUAAUUUUAAUGAACUCCAAAGUGAUCGGUCGAAUCUCUUAGAUUUACAAUUGUGUACAUCAAAUUGUCGUCGUGGUUUAUUUCAUUAUUUCUCUGUGAAUAUAAUACGAAAUUUAGAAAGUCGUGGUGGUGGCACUGGUAGUGUCGGCGGUUCUCCGUUUAAACGUUUACAAUCAGUCAAUUCUACAACCACAGUAAAGUUGAAUCAUCAAUUUAUUCGAAAAUUGGUUGUGGAACAGCUGAUUCCAGCAUUACAACGUUUAAAUUUAUGGAAUUUGGCUAAUCGUAUUCAUCGGGAAAUUGUUCAGUGCAGUGGCGGUGAUGGUGAUGUUGGCGAUGGAGGUGGAGAUAAACAAGACCUUCUGUGCUGCAGCAUUAUUGAUUCCAAUAAAAAGUGUAGUUUACUGUAUAUAAAUGAUCCAUCUUUAAUGAAAUCCAUCUUCAAUGCUAACCAUCAUGAUCAUGAUCAAAAUCAUUAUUACUUUUUGUCAUGUAAUAUUUUGAAGGCAUAUCCUCAAUUAAAUUAUGCAAAAUCACUACUGUUCUCCUGUGUUGAACCGUUGUUUCAUCAUUCUCUUAUCCUUCUUGAUUGGCCAUUUCUACUGCAUGAAUUACAUGUUUGUUCUACUUGUAUAUCAUAUUUAAUAAUGUGUUAUUCUUCACCGUCAAAAAAUCGAUCAACUAUGUGUCAUCAUCAUAAUGAUGAUGAUGAUAAUAAUAAUAAUAAUUUGAUAGCGUCAUCCAACUGUAAUGCUGCAUCAUCUUAUCAAAAUCAGGGAUCAUAUAAUACUAAUCAGAAUGAUGAUGAUGGUGAUGGUGAUAAUGACGAUGAAAAGAUUCGAAAUUCAGCUUUGAAAAUUUAUUUCAGUACAGUAUUGCAUAAUACAUUACUGCAAAGAAUGAUUACAGAAAAGAAUGAUAAUGAUAAUAGUUGUCAAUCAUUAAAUCCGAUUGGGCAUAUAUUUAAUGAAAGUGUUCAAAGAAAUAAACCUUUUUUUAUAUUCGGAUUAAAUGGGUCUUGGAUUGAGUUCGGUGUAGAUGUGUUCACGAACUGA